CCCUUGGUUUUUUGCUCCAUUUUUAGGUGUUUUCUCAGGUCAAUUACGCUUUGUGUCUUGUUCACAAAGGCGAGGCGACGGUUGCUCCGUGAAGAUGAAAUAAGUUCUCCCUGCCUAGACGCUGUUCUGGCGGUUCGUCUAGUGUCGUUGGAGGGCGUCUGAAGGUGUGUAUCCGUUGAUUUUCAUGGAAUUCAAUCGAUGUUGGUCCUUUAUUCAGUCUUCACUCGUGAGUUGCCUUGUGGGGCCUUAGCAAUACGAUGUUUCAACUAUUUACUACAACAACUUUUGCCAGAAUCCAAUGAGGUAAGGGUAUCUUCAACAGCAACCCGCAAAACUCCUUCCACGUCCGUCCGCUGGUAGGGCGGAUCGGUCCGCGGACACGGAUGCGGGAGGACGCCAUCCAACCGUAGCCGCAUACAUCCGACCUUCCUCAUUUUUUUCAAGUCCGCAUGAUAAAUUAGCCGCAUACAAAGGGUAUAGACAUUCAGAUAGCCACAUGCAACACUCGUUCAAAUUUAAAAUGUUCAAAUAUUACAUACCAACAUUGUUGUCCCCUUUCACCACCCACUUAUGCUCAAUCAGAUCUUUCUUCAACUGCUCGUGAGUUGGUCGAUGCCGAAUUGAAUAAACUCUUCAAAUGGGGCCAGUUUCCAGUCCGGAUGUUGGAUAGGAUCACCCAUGUUCUCAAAUUCCAAAGCUACGGCAACAUCGUCACCCUCAUCCUCGACGAUCAAAUUGUGCAUGAUCACGCAACAUGCGUCACCUCCCACAAGGACUUAGGAUCCCAUUGUUUUACAUGUUCACAAACAAGUGUAAAAGGGGCCUAAAGAACUCCAAAUGCCCUCUCGACAUCCUUUCUAUCUGAUUCUUGUCUUUCGGUGAAGUGAGCCUUUUUCCAGCCAAUUGAGUUUUAGAUGGUGUUGACAAAGAUAGCCAAUGUAUACUGUCAACCAGAUAGUAGCCCAUGUUGUACGCAUGUCCAUUGAUACUAUAGUGACAAGGAGGAGUUUUUCCUUCAGUCAGUCUCGCAAACAACGACGAUUAUUGCAGCAAAUAGAUAUCAUUGUGUGACCCAGACAGCUAUACCUAUAACUUAACAUAGAAAUUGUGGCAGAUGCUAUUAUGUGUCGACAUCUUGCUUGCACAUGCAUACCCACGUAGUACCUUGUGUAGUAUAUUACUACAUACGGCCGGCCGCGGCAGCUACCGAUGCAUGGAACCUAGCUAGCUUGUUAAUUAAGUAGGACUAGUUGUCGAUGGAAUCCAGUCGCUCUGGUUGUAUUGUAUAGGUAUUAGGUAUAGCUCGCAUAGAUCUGUUCGUAGAAGCGUAGACGACGACUUGGCUGCUGCGUUUCGUGUGUUCAAGUCUUGAAGACUAUUGCUACUCGUCAAGAACUGAAAGGCCCGGGUAGGUAGGCACGCGAUCGACCAGUUCAUGGCCCCACCCCACGGGAUAUAUUGAACGGCAUUGUGCUUGUUUUCCUUCUCCUUUUCCCGCAUCCCACAAAGGCAUUAUGCGCCCACACAUAUCCUACUUGCUAUAAAACCAUGUCGCUUCCACAGCUCAACCUCAAACCGCGCGCGAGUCGUUGCAUGCAUCCUCCCCUCCUCCAGCUCCUCCUCCGCGUCCAGCAGUAGCCUCCCGACGGCCGUACAUCCACGGUAACACGGCACUCGUGCGCUUCGCGGCGGUACGGUGGGCAGCUGAUCGUGUGGGCCACAUCGUCGCCGACUAGCUAGUAUUAGUAGCAGCGGCGUGGGUGACCGGCGUCCGUCACCAUGGCAGGAAAGGGUGGUGCUUCCGUGCGCGUCAAGGCGGUGGCGACAGUUAAGGUCACCGUCGGUGGGUUCCUCGAUGGGCUGAGGCCGUCCAAGACGAUGGACGAUGUGAAGGACCUCAUCGGCAGGUCCAUGGAGCUCGAGCUUGUCAGCGCCGAUCUUGACGCCAAGACGGGGAAGGAGAAACAGACGAUCAAGAGCUAUGCCCGCAAGGUGUCCGACAAGGACCGUCACAUCGUCACCUAUGAAGCAGGCUUCGACGUGCCGGCGGGCUUCGGCUCCGUCGGCGCCGUGCUGGUCACCAACGAGCACGACACGGAGAUGUUCCUCAAGGACGUGAAGCUCAUCGGCGGUGGCAACUCGGACUCGGAGCCCCACGUGAUCCGCUGCGACUCCUGGCUGCCGCCCAAGUCCGGUGACGCCAAGCGCAUCUUCUUCGCCAACAAGCCUUCACUGCCGAGCCAAACUCCUCCUGGCCUCCAGAACUACCGGAAGAACGACCUCGUGAAGAAGCGCGGUGACGGCAUGGGGCAGAGGACGGCCAAAGACCGGGUCUACGACUACGACGUGUACAACGAUCUCGGCUCCGGCGAGGAACCCGGUGCCGUCGGCGCCCGCCCCGUUAUCGGCGGUAACCAGAAGUUCCCCUACCCACGGCGCUGCCGCACCGGCCGCCCCCGAUCCAUCAAAGAUCGGCAGUCGGAGACGAGGAGCGGCGACGUGUACGUGCCGAGGGACGAGGCGUUCUCGGAGGAGAAGAACGUGCAGUUCAAGGUGAAGACGCUGCAGUCGGUGCUCCAUGCCGUGGUGCCGGCCGUGCAGUCCACGUUCAUCGACCGCAACCAAGGCUUCCCCUCCUUCUUCGUCAUCGACAAGUUGUUCGAGGACGGUGUCGUGCUGCCGCGCACUCGAGAGGUCGGCUUCCUCCGCAGCGCCGUGCCGCGCCUCCUUCAGUUCCUCCGCGACGGCCUUGGCGACAAGCUUCUCCUCUUCCAGCGCCCCGCAAAUGUCAAAAAGGACAAGUUUGCGUGGUUACGUGACGAGGAGUUCGCCAGGGAGACGCUCGCCGGCAUCAACCCAUACGCCAUCGAGCUUGUCAGGGAAUUUCCCCUCAAGAGCAAUCUGGACCCGGCAAAGUACGGGCCGGCGGAGUCGGCUAUCACCGCCGAGCUGCUGGAGGCGCAGAUGGGGCACACCAUGACGGUGGCCGAGGCGGUGGAGAAGUAGAGACUGUUCAUGCUCGACUUCCACGACCUGUUCCUGCCGUACGUGCACAGGAUCCGUGCCCUGGAGCACACCACCAUGUAUGGCUCCCGCACCAUCUUGUUCCUUACCGACGACGGCACGCUGCGCCUCCUCGCCAUCGAGCUCACCCGGCCGGCCUCGCCGACGACGCCGCAGUGGAGGCAGGUGUUCACUUCGUCCACGGACACCACCAAGUCCUGGCUAUGGCGGAUGGCCAAGUCCCACGUUCGUGCCCACGACGCCGGCCACCACGAGCUCGUCACCCACUGGCUGCGCACGCACUGCGCCGUGGAGCCCUACAUCCUCGCGGCCAACAGGCAGCUCAGCGAGAUGCACCCCGUCUACCAGCUCCUGCGCCCGCACUUCCGCUACACCAUGCGGAUCAACGCGCUCGCACGCUCCUCCCUGGUCAACGGCGGCGGCAUCAUCGAGAGCACCUUCUCACCUCAGAGGUACGGCAUGGAGCUCAGCUCCGUGGCCUACGACAAGCUCUGGCGCUUCGACACGGAGGCCCUCCCAGCGGACCUCGUCCGGAGGGGCAUGGCAGAGGAGGACCCCACGGCGGAGCACGGCCUCAGGUUGGCCAUCAAAGACUACCCGUUCGCCAACGACGGGCUCCUUAUCUGGGACGCCAUCAAGGGGUGGGUUCAGGCGUACGUUUCCCGGUACUACCCGGACGACGACAGCGUCACACAAGACGAGGAGCUGCAGGCGUUCUGGACGGAGGUGCGCACCGAGGGACACGGCGACAAGAAGGAGGCGCCGUGGUGGCCUAAGCUGGACACGCCGGAGACCCUCGCGCACACGCUCACCACAAUAAUCUGGGUCGCGGCGGCGCACCACGCGGCGGUCAACUUCGGGCAGUAUGACUUUGGGGGGUACUUCCCGAACCGCCCCUCGAUCGCGCGUACCAAGAUGCCGGUGGAGGAGCCCGUGGACGACGCCGCCUUGAAGAAAUUCCUCGACAACCCGGACGAGGCGCUCCGAGAAUGCUUCCCGUCGCAGGUGCAGGCAACGGUGGUGAUGGCGGUGCUGGAGGUGCUGUCCAGCCACUCCCCCGACGAGGAGUACCUCGGAGGGAUGGAGACCGCGCCGUGGGGCGAUGACACCGCGGUGCGGGCGGCGUACACGAGGUUCAACGACGAGCUGAAGGUGGCGGAGGGGGUCAUCAAGGAAAGGAACGAGAACAGAAUGCUCAAGAAUCGGUGCGGCGCUGGCAUCGUGCCGUAUGAGCUCAUGAAACCAUUCUCGCAGCCCGGCCCCGGUGUCAUGCGCAAGGGCAUCCCCAACAGCACCUCCAUCUGA